GCGACCUGGAGCAAGACAUAGGGCUGAGGUUUCUGAAGGAGCUGACGAGCUGAACAAUCCAAGAACUUAGGGUUGAAGCGAAACCAGCAAACGCAUCUUUGCCACAUCUCAGUCACAGUACUCAUCCAGAAAUUUACAUACAGCAUUCAAAACUUGGUGUUGAGAAGAUAUUCAUUUACUCUUUGAUUCGACCGCAAUCCAUUAGUCUCCACCCCCCGCCAGACCAGGACCGGUGACCAUGGCUGGACUUUCCGUCACAUCAACCGCAUCCUCCUUCAUCAAGAAGCUCUGCGGAAAGUCGAAUCCAUACGAAAAAGCAUAUCGCGCCCAAUCCAACACCACAUCAGCGAUUCAAACCACGAACCCACCAACCAGCACUCGCACAGAUAAUCACCACGACCUCCUUGCAGAAGCCCGCCAAGCAGCCGGCCGCGAUCCCCUUACCGGUCGAAAGACCACAAGGAUCCCGGAUCCAACAUCGACGGAACGGUAUCCCGCACGAGACACUCCCGCACAGACUGCUGCAGCCCACAAAGCAGCGUACUUGGCGUGGGCGGCGCAGAACCCGGAGGAGCGAGGCACGCCGUAUGCCAGUUACGAAGAGUAUGUGCAGGAGAUGCUUGAGAAGCGGCAUGGGGGCAGAGAUGCGGUGCGUAGUGAGACGAGUUACUAUGCGCCUGAGAGGAGGGUCCAGGAGUAUUAUGCUGAGAGAGUGAGGGACUAGGGAAGUGUGUACUACAGGAGGUGGGAUAAAUAGGUGAUGAAGCGGUCAGGAUAUACCGCGUAAAAGUCGAUGUAUCAAUGCAUGCUGGGUGUGUGGGGCAAGUAAGCAAACGGAGAGUGAGUUGGAAGGUGAAAUAGGCAGUUAUGAUAUCUGGCUGUAGC